GACCGGUGGGCGGGGUAACCUCUGCAGCCUAGUAUUGCAGCCUCGGGUUCAGGCGACGCGCAGAGCACUGGGGCACUUCCUUAGCCCCCAGGGACUGUAAGAGGCUUUCGGGGCAGCUGCGCUUCUCAGUGUCUCGAGCUCCGGGACGCGGUCAUUGCCAACUCCGGAGGGACAGAGUGUAAACUUGUCCUUAUGUGGGUGGGGGACAGCCGGACGACAGCGUCUUCCUACCCCAGUAUCCCUGCGGGUUCAUCUGCGGGCAGCACCGUUCCCAGUUACAACAGCUCGCUAGAAACUUCACCAAUGGAGCAGUCACAGCGUGGCAGAGGAGACCACAGCGGUAACGGUGUACUCCACCCUGGCCCGGGACUGCUGGCUGCGACCCCUCAUCCCUCACCGCCGGCGUUACCGGUACCCUCGGGGAUACCAGUUCCACCAGCUUAUCUGCGGCCCUCCGGCCUCUUCCUGAGAGCUGCCGCCGCCACGGCCGGAAGCGGAGGCUGCCGGCCGGUUCCUAGGCUGGAGAGAGGCGUGAGCGCAGUGGGCAGCGGCUACCUGCGGACGCCCAAGUGCUCCCGCUGCCGCAACCACGGUGUAGUGUCGGCGCUCAAGGGCCACAAGCGCUUCUGCCGCUGGCAGGACUGCGCGUGUGUCAAGUGCACCCUGAUCUCCGAGCGCCAGCGCGUGAUGGCCGCCCAGGUGGCGCUGCGCAGGCAGCAGGCGCAAGAGGAGAGCGAGGCUCGGGGACCGCAGAGUUUCUUGCACCCUGGAGCCUCGGGUCCGGAGGUUCGGGCGUCCAAAAGCCGCGGUAGAACGGUGAAUUCUCAGGCUGCGGGCGAGCGUAAGGCGGUACCCGCUCAGGAAUUGGGUGCCUUGAGACCAGCUAGUGGUCUGGCAACCCCUGCUAUCGAGGUUAUCCGGCAAGAUGAUGCGGAGGACAAACAAGAACAAAAGGGGAGUCAAUGUGACUCAUGCCAGAGUGGACAAGAAGAGCCAUGCUCUAAAUCCCAUCAGCUUUCUUUGGGAUCAUCUUCUAAGUCUAAUGGUGUCAUUGGGAAAAAAAGCAUCAGGUCAUCUACUUCAGAACACUCAAAAAAGCAUGCUAGCAUCCAGUCUCCUUACUCUGGGGAGCAAUCAGGAGGUGAAGACAGUCCCAGGUCCUUAUCAUCCUCUGAUCUGGAAUCAGGAAAUGAGAGUGAGGGAGCUAAAGACUGCAUUGCAGUGAGAGCCAGCCUUCCCAUGGUGUCCUCGAGACCAAGAGAUCCUCUUGAUAUUCUUAUCAGGAUUUUCCCACGUUACAGGCUCACCUGGCUAGAAAGCGUUCUACGGUUCUGCAAAGGGGAUGUGGUCCAAGCCAUUGAACAGAUCUUAAAUGGGAAAGAACGCAAGCAAGAUACCAGGGAUCUAGCAUACUCCAGAAAACUGGAAAACACAGCCUUUUCAAGAGCUUCAAAUUUUAGUCUAGCUAGAAUUGGUUUUGGAACUCUAGGUAAUAAAUCAGCUUUCUCUCCUCUUCACACCCCAUCUGCUUCUUACAGAGGUGAUUCAAACCUCUACAGCUUAAAUCCUAGACUAGAGAUUAGUCCAUUACGACUGGCAUAUUCUUCGCCAGGGAGAGGGCUGUCUGGUUUUGUGUCACCCUACCUAACACCUGGGUUGGUUCCAGCAUUGCCUUUUCAGCCAUCUUUGGAUUAUACUUUUUCAGGGAUGAUAAGGGAUACUUCCUACUUUCCCAGUAAAAGCUCAAUAACUGGUAGUAGGCUGUAUUUUAGACCCAGUCAGGACAGUCUGUAAUGUAUCUAUUCAUUCUCCCUUUCUGGAGUAUUUCUAGAAUUAUGAAACACACACACACAAAUACAUACACACAGAGAUCUAUUAAUGUACUUAAAUAAGUAUAUGAGUGAAUCACUAGGCCUUAAAAAUGCUAUUUCUUUUUUCAGUCAGCAAUAAAAAUAGAUUUUAGAUUUAAAGACUUUAUUCAGCAUUUAUUAAGUGAAAGAAGCAUUUAAACAUUGUCUGUGCCUUGAAUAAAGCUUUUUAAUGAAAUAGUUUUACUUUAAAGAAUGUUCUCCCUAAGUUAUCAGUUGUAAAAUUCCUGUUGUAAAACUACACUUGUUUAUAUUUUGGUGAAAAGUGGGGUUUAUAGCUGUAAAAAGUUUAUGGAGCAAUCUAGCAUAAUAUAAAAUGAACUAAGAGGAAGAAUUUUAAAUUUGAGGUAAUUGUUAUCCUAAAAUUCUCAUCUUUCCUUCCUUGUUCACAGGGUAGAAAAAAAUUAUUCAAAGUAUUUUUAAAAAAUUUAUUUGUAGAUAAGUGAUUAAUCAUAAAACUUUUGAGAAAUUUGAAUUUCUUAUUUUUUGCAAAGUCUUAUUUUUCACUAUCAUUUGUAAAAACAAAUGCCAAUUUUAAAUUCUCUUUGAAGUUAACAUUUUGAAUUAUAAAGGCUUACUUAAUGAAUCUUAGGAAGUUGGACCGCGCGCCAUCUUCUGGUCACUAUCACUAAUUGCAACUCAAUUCUGCUGAGUGAAUUAUGUAUGUAUGCAUUGUUUCCUAAUGGUAGAAACUAACACUUCUGUUUUUUUUGCAAUAAUCAUUUUGGAUCAUGCUACAUUAAAAUUUUCAUAUUGUAAAGUGAA